GCGGUGAAAGGGAGUGCGCCUUUACGCACGGAUCAGUCCGCCUCCACAUGGCUUGGGUUUUUAUCUCCCAGCUGGCUCCCUCCUCGACCCCAAACACAACAUGAUGCCAUGUGCUGCUAAGGACUCAACUCCGCAGGUCGUUGACGUUACCCGAGUUUUUAUUUAGUUUGAUAUAUUUUAUAUGUGUGCGCGUCUUGAACUUGACUUGUAAAAAGAAACGGGAAUAACAUCACUUGGAUUUAGACGAGACUGUUUGCAGGCAGGAGACACCUGAAAUAAAGUAGAUUCAGUGACUCUUGACAGGGAAGAAAAAUCCUCGGACAAGAUUGGUGUCAACCGGGAUCAACGAGAGCAAUCGACCCCUGAGCCAAGACCAGAGAAGCAGCCAUGCUCGGCGGUGAAGGAGAGAGCAGCACUUUCUCUUCCACUAAGGAGGCAUCGGAUGAGAGGCGCAAGUCUCCAUCUGUGGAAGGGGGUGAUGUGACCGUCCGCAGCAGAUACCCGGAGCACGGGGUGGGUGCCGAGCGGUACUACAUCCCUCCAUCAGUGUCCAAACAAAGCCCGGAGACAGCCAGCCCCUGCUCCUUCAUCCCUUACACCCCCGGUGGGACGGUUUACGCCCCGUCCGGCGCGGGCAGGUACCCCUCAUCCCUCCACCUGGGCUCCGUGUUGCCUCCCGCGGGGUUUUCUCCCUCCACGACCGGCCGCAGUCACUUCAGCUCGGCGUACCAGCUCGGGCAGAGCCCCGGCUGCCUCUACCCGCCUUACACCGGCUCAGGUUCGGCUCUCAGCAACAUGACUCUCCCGACCACCGGCCCCGGGAUGAGGGCCCAGGUGUACCUCUGCAACCGGCCGCUGUGGUUCAAGUUCCACCGGCACCAGACGGAGAUGAUCAUCACCAAGCAGGGCAGACGGAUGUUCCCGUUCCUCAGCUUUAACAUAGCUGGUCUCAACCUGUCGACGCAUUACAACGUGUUCGUGGAGGUGGUGCUGGCGGAUCCAAACCACUGGAGGUUUCAAGGUGGCAAGUGGGUCACCUGUGGGAAGGCGGACAACAGCAGCCAAGGUACUGAGCCAGGGAACAAAGUGUAUAUCCACCCAGAGUCUCCGAACACAGGGGCCCACUGGAUGAGACAAGAAAUCUCCUUCAGCAAACUGAAACUCACCAACAACAAAGGAACCAGUCACAGUACUUCCCAGAUGGUUAUCAUGCAGUCGCUGCAUAAGUACCAGCCCAGGCUGCACAUCGUGGAGGUGACGGAGGACGGAGCGGAGGACGUCAACACUGACGGGAAAACUCAGAGCUUCACUUUUCCAGAGACGCAGUUUAUUGCUGUCACCGCCUAUCAGAACACUGACAUCACACAGCUGAAGAUUGAUCACAACCCUUUUGCCAAAGGAUUCAGAGAUAAUUAUGAUUCGAUGUACACAGUUCCAGAGAAUGACCGCUUCACCCCAUCUCCAACCGACUCUCCACGUGCCCACCAGAUUGUCCCAGGCGCCCGCUACACCAUGCAGCCCCUCUUCCAGGACCAGUUUGUCAACAACCUCCCGCAGAAUCGCUUCUACAACAGCGAGCGAGCAGUACCACAGACUAACAGCCUCCUCUCACCUCAGACUGAAGACGGAGCUUCGCAGAGGUGGUUUGUCACCUCCAUGCAACAAGGGGGAAACUGCACUGGCACCAGCAACAAGCUCGAUCUGACACCUUAUGAUGGUGAAUACUCAAGCUCCUUGCUUCCUUAUGGUAUCAAAUCACUCUCCAUGCAGACAUCCCAUGCUCUCAGCUACUACCCAGACUCUCCUUUCAACGCCAUGUCUGCAGGGUGGGGGUCCAGGGCAGCAUAUCAGCGAAAGGUCACGACGGGUCUGCCUUGGUCUCCCAGACCCAGCCCCACUGCUGGUUUGCUAGAAGACUCAGACAAAGUUAAACAGAUACAGAUAGAGGAGGGCGUGAACGACAGUGGAGGCCUGAUCUCCUCUUGGACGGAGACACAGUCAUUAGCUCUUUCCCUCGACAAGGCUGAUUCGUAUGCCAUGGCCUGCAAACGAAGGCGUUUGUCUCUCAAUGGUCUGAGCACCGAGGACUCACCCUCUGACAUUAAGUGUGAGGACUUGGCCUCAGCUACCACCAACAACAGUAGCUCCUAUAGCAAGGACCCCCCCUCAUCCAAAGCCAUGGCAGCUUAUUAUUCCUUUUACACAAACCCUUAAAAAUAUGGCCUUGUGUUGUUGUUUUGGUUAUUCUUCAUCUGCCACAGUGAACAUAUUAUUCAGUUAUUUGGGGACUUUGUGAACCCAGAAUUUGUCUCAGUGGUAAUAAAAGUAUUUUUUCCCCGUCAGGAAGCAUUAAGGACACAUUCAAAUAAAAACAAAGUGACAUGUGCGUGUGAAUUGCCACUUUCAGUUGUGGGCUUAUUUUUUGAUCGUCUCAUGUAUGUAACUCUGCAGUUGCAAGUUUGAAGGUGCCAAAGCAAUUGUUUAAGUUGCCCCAUUAAAAAAAAAUCAGUUUAUGUGUUUGUUGCAUACGUCAUUGUAUUUUACUUCACACUGAGAUUUUGUGUUUACAGAUUAUUUAUUGAAGGCCUGUUGAUAUGAAUUUUGUGCACUGACAUGUGGGAAUGCUAUGCUAUAUGUACCUUCAUUGCAAUGUCCAGAUAUUUGAUAAUAAAAGGCAUAAGUGUUC